ACAGUGCAAAAGCCACCAAAAGCAGUCUCAGCUGUCUCUCUCUCUUUCUCCCUCUCCAUUUCAGGAAGGAAGAAAGAUCUCAAAAGACCUCAGAUAUUCGUGGACUGUCAAAGCUUCUUACCGAACUCUUCGAUAUGAACUCCAGCGGAUUCUUCCCGCCGCGCAAACUCACAAGUUGCAGUUCUCUAAUCUAAACACUUCCGCGUUUGCGCAGUGAGCACCCUGGAGGCCGGUCGGCCGGUCACUUUCUGUGAGUGGAACAAACGAGCAGCGGUAAAAGGUAACAGUGGACUUUGAAAGGACACGACUGAGGAGGGAGGAGAAACGGAUCCAGGGCGAAACCGAAGAAAUUCAGAACAAGAUGGCGGAAGGAGGCCGGCCACAGAGGAAGAUGUCACGGGCUGGAGAGAGCUUAUAUCACAUCCUGGGCUUGGAAAAGGGUGCUUCCCCAGAAGACAUCAAGAAAGCAUACAGGAAACUGGCUUUGAAAUAUCACCCAGAUAAGAAUCCUGAUAAUCCAGAAGCAGCAGAGAAGUUCAAGGAGAUCAAUAACGCCAAUAUAAUUCUCAGUGAUGAGAACAAGAGGCGUCUCUAUGAUGAAUACGGCUCCAUGGGACUCUAUGUGUCUGAGCAGUUUGGGGAAGAAAGUGUGAAGUAUUACUUCCUCAUGUCCAAGUGUUGGUUCAAGACAUUAGUAGCAUGUUGUGGCAUCUUUACAUGUUGCUGUUGUUGCUGCUGCUGCUGUUUCUGUUGUGGGAAAUGCCGCCCACCUGAAGAUGAUGAGUCCUACAAGUAUGUCAAUCCUGAAGACCUGGAGGCCCAGAUCCGUGCAGAAGAUAAUGGUGGCGAUGCUAUCCAAAUGCAGCCAACAGCAAAUGCAACAUUGCACACUACAGAUGAGAAUCAGUCCCGCAAGCCAUGACCUUAGUUCAGUUUCCAGGCACAGCACAGUUCCUAUUCCUGCAGCCAUUCCAGAGAUACCCUGCCCAGGCCUGAAUUACCAAUCAUUUGGACUCUGGACAAAGAGCUCCCUCUCCAGUUGUGAUGCUGUGCAGUGACUUUGGUGAGGGUGCCUGAAUGCCUGCUUCAGAGUCAUAAAUCUUCUCAGGGAACAUGGCCACGGGCAUACUCAGACCUUGCAAGGGGCUGGUUUGAAGGAAAGAGAGACACUUUAGCUCUGCCUCUUUGGGCCCAAGGAACAGCCCCUUCUCCUGCAGCAGAAUGGUUCUUUCUUUCCCACAGCAGUGGAGGAAAAGAAAAUGGAUGAAUGUUGCCAGCCCAGCAGUCUUUGCCCCAGUCAUUCUUUCUCCUUCCAAUCUUGGUAUUUUUUUUAUUUUUUUUUUAGCCAGCUAUACUGUGCCCUUGUCAAAGCCCAACUCAUGAUGGAGGAGGGGAUAUUGAGCUCCCCGCCUCCCAGUGCCAGAGAGGCCAACUGCCCUGCUAGGGCUGUCCCCUAGUAACUGGAACUGCCCUUUCUGACCUAUGCGUUGGUGCCAAGCUGCAUUUCAGGGUGUAGUGUGAAACAUGGCAGGAUUUGGAAUGCCUGUCUGGUAAAUUGGUAUCACUCAUCAUCUCCCGUGAUGAACUGCUGCUCCAGAGAGCUUUAGUUGCUGUGUAGCAUCCUGCCUCUUGAGCUGCCCCGAAUCCUUUUCUAUGGGGCAGUACUGGGCAAGGGCAUUUUUCACACUGUGAUAAAAAAUAUGUUAGGAUUUUAUCAGCACAAUUAAAUAUUUCUGAAGGAAA